AUGUGUAGACUUGUUGAGAAGGAUGGUUUUCAUUUUAAAGCUUCCGGUUUAGCGGAAAUAGGGGACCGUAACCGCUGCUAUCUGCGGCUGCGAUCCGCUGCUAACGAUUUCUCUCACAUAGGUCUUGGUUUUGCAGGAGAAGAUGAAAGUCAAGCUGCUACAUGGCAUGCUGUUGCUUCAUGGACUUGGGAUGCCCAAGAUGAGACCUGUGGAAUUUGUAGGAUGGCUUUCGAUGGUUGCUGUUCUGAUUGUAAACUCCCUGGGGAUGAUUGCCCACUGAUUUGGGGUGCAUGCAACCAUGCUUUCCAUCUUCAUUGCAUCCUGAAAUGGGUGAACUCACAGACUGCUCAAGCACAUUGUCCAAUGUGCCGUCGGGAGUGGCAGUUUAAAGGAUGACCACCCAAUGCAUUCAUCGAUGCUUAUGUUGCAGGUGUUAAAACAUGUACUUAACUCUUCUCCUUUUGAUCUACAUAUACUCAAUUCAAACUCCCUCCCUUUAGGCAAAUGGCUAUUACUCUGACUCUUGGAAUAUAAAUUCAAAAUACACACUGGACCAACUGCUUGAAU